AUGGCUUUGAACUACCCCAUCAGAAAGGGACCACCAAUCUUCUUCUUGAUCUUAAAUUCAAAAGCCAUAGCUGAUGCAGCUUCAUGCUACUGUGCUUUUGUUCUCGUGGCCCUCCUCCUACUAAGCAUAUCAGGAUCAGACACCACCUCUCAUGAUCUUCAUCUUCCAAAUCAUAUCAUCAUGUCCCGGCGGCCUCCAUGUGAUGAAAUCUAUGUGGUUGGAGAAGGUGAGACACUUCACACGAUCAGUGACAAGUGUGGUGACCCCUUUAUAGUGGAGAAUAACCCUCAUAUCCAUGACCCUGAUGAAGUCUUCCCUGGUCUCGUUAUCAAGAUAAUUACGCCGCCUUCACAUUCAUCAUAG